AAAACCGUGAACUGAGAGGAGAGAAACAAGAGAGGUGCACUGCCGAGGUGACAGUCACAUCAUCAGGAGACAAAUCAGACAAUGGCCAACACGCUCAGAUCGUGGAUGAUGCUCGCAGCGCUCGUCGUCUGCAUCCUGGUGUGUCUGAGCAGUUUUGCGGACGCCUACCCUCCCAAACCAGAGAGCCCCGGGAGCGACGCCUCACCGGAGGACUGGGCCAAAUACCACGCAGCCGUCAGGCACUAUGUCAACCUCAUCACCAGACAGAGGUAUGGGAAGAGAUCAACCCCUGAGGAGGCGGUGGCCUGGCUGCUGUAUGGAGGAAAUUCAAACCAAGACACUGAGCCACGCUCUGACUAUGUUGACCAGUGGUAAAUGAGUCCAAUUUCAACACACAAUCCCGCACUACCAACACAUCCUCAAGAAGCAACCUGCUCGGGAUCCGGUGAUGCCAUAUGUUUAAUUAUAUGAUAAGCAUGUAUGCCUAUUUGCUUCACUAUGUUUGUUUGCCCUUCUAAGUACAUGUAAUAAUUCUUCUCCCAAAUGUGUAAAUAAUUUGUAUUGAAAUCAAAUUUACAAUAAACACCUCUGUGAAUUUAAAG